AUGAAGAGGCAGCUUAUCAAGAUGUUCAACCCACUUUACGUUGUUUACGCCCUCUCCGCCAUCGCAGGAGUUGAGGCAUGCAAGAGAACUUGCUCUGCCUCCAACGACGCCGGCACCACCUGCAGCUACUCGUGCACCCAGGUUUGCUCCAGUAUCUCGGCCAAGCAGGCUCGUGAUACCUUCCUUGCUGCUCUACAGUCCGGCGGCAACUCGUGCUCUGCCGUUGGAACUAGUGGUGUCUCAUGCAGGAAGACGGCCAAGUUUGGAAGCUGCUAUGAUCAUCACUGGUCAUGCGGCAGUGGCUGCUAG